AUGGCCUCCAAUGGAUCAGAGUCGCCUAGCAAGGCAAAACGCUCGAGGACAGAAAUGGAAGCAGACGAGCACCCAGCCGCGCCUGCGACAGCACAAGCAGACGGUAUCUCUCUCUACCCACUUGGUCACAUUGGCAGCCAUUGCGCACUUCACUCUAUACUGACCCAUGAUGGCACAGACGAUAGCUCCUCAGACGAUGACGACUUUGGCCCUGCGCUCCCGUCGUCCGCGCCCAAGAAAAAAAAGCGCAAGCUGCCGUACGAGAAACUGUACAUUGCAGCCCUGCCCAGCGCAACACGCUAUGCGAAAUCGCUCAUGCACCGCGAACAACUCUGCUUCACGACCUGGACGCCGCACACGGACUUCCUCAUCACCAGCUCCAUUGAUGGCGUCGUCAAGUUUUGGAAAAAGGACUUUGGCGGCAUCGAAUUCGUAAAGGAGUUUCGUGCCCAUGUGGGCGAGAUUAAGAGCGUGAGUGUUAGCGCUGAUGGGCGGAGUUUUGCGACGGCGGGCGUGGAUAAGACGGUCAAGAUCUUUGAUGUUGUCACGUUUGAUUUGCUGGCCAUGUUGACGCUCGAAUAUGUGCCUGGGGCGGUGUGUUGGGUGCAUGGACGAGGAGCUAGUUUUCCGUUGCUGGCAGUGAGUGAGGAGGAGCAGAGUUGGAUUCGGUUGUACGAUGGGAGGGGGGAGAGGCUGGAGCCGUUGGAGACGCUGAAGAGCGUGCAUCGGGCGCCGGUGGGAUUGAUGGCGUACAAUGCGAGUUUUGACUGCGUCGUCAGUGUCGACACGGGCGGCAUGGUCGAGUAUUGGCGGCCGAGUGGGAGCUACGAGAAGCCGGAGAAUGUGUGGAGUCUGAAGAGUUCGACCAACUUGUUCGAGUUCAAAAAGGCAAAGUGCGUUCCCACGUCUCUCACCAUCUCGCCCGCUGGCACGCAAUUCGCGACUUGGAGCUUCCCUGACCGGAAAAUCCGCGUCUUCGACUUUGCCACGGGAAAGCUGUACCGCACCUACGAUGAAUCCAUCGAGACCAUCACAACGAUGCAGCAAGCCGGCACCGCAGUCCAGCACCUCGAAGACAUGGAAUUCGGCCGACGCAUAGGCAUAGAACGCGAUCUCGACACACCCUCGCUCCGCAACCGACUCAAUGUCAUCUUCGACGAGACCGGCAACUUCCUUCUCUACGGCAGCAUGUACGGCAUCAAAGUCCUCAACACCCUCACCAACAAACUCGUCAAACUCUACGGUCAAGACGAAUCCCUCCGCCCCCUCUGGCUCUCCCUCUACCAAGGCCAACCAGACAAGAAACGCGUGACCACCGUCGAAAUGGCCGCCUCUGAAAACCCCCUCCUCCAAGAAGCCGAAGCCCGCGACGCCAUGCUCGUCACCACCGCCCACACAAAACCCCGCUUCUACAUGUUCACAAACGACACCCCGACCUCCAAAUCCUCCCGCGACACACUCAACGAAAAACCCCGCCCCAAUCACCCCUCCACCUCCAACACCUCCACCAACCCAACCCCCGCCUCUGCCACAACCGCAACCCUCCACACCACCCUCGGCGACAUCACCAUCCGCCUCUACCCGGCCGCCGCCCCCCUCGCCGUCGAAAACUUCGUAACACACGCCCGCAACAGGUACUACGAUAAUGUGCGCUUCCACCGCGUCAUUCGCAAAUUCAUGAUUCAGACUGGGGAUCCGCUGGGUGAUGGGACGGGUGGGGAGAGUAUUUGGGGCAAGGAAUUCAAGGAUGAGUUUGUGGAUUGGUUGAGGCAUGAUCGGGCGUAUAUGGUUAGCAUGGCUAAUGCGGGGAGGGAUGGGAAUGCGAGUCAGUUUUUUAUUACUACGGAGAGGGCUCCCUGGCUCGACGACAAACACACAAUCUUUGGCCGCGCAAUUGCUGGCCUUGACGUUGUGCACAAGAUUGAAAAUGUCAAGGUGUACAAGGAGAGGCCGGAGGAGGAUAUCAAGAUUAUUAGUAUUGAUGUGGAGUAG